AUGUGCCCCGGAACCGUGAAAAUCGAGUGGAACAGCGAUGUGGCAACGAAAGACGCGAUGGACCCGGCUUCGAGCCCUGCGGCUGGCGCUGGCGGUGGUGCAAGGCGCGGGGCUUGUGUGUGCCGUGGGAGGGAGCGGGGCGGCGCCGUGGGGCUGGCGCUGACGGUGGCGCUGUGUGGGGCACGCUCUCCAAGGAACAGAGGAGCGGCGGGAGGCGAGUGCCUGCGUGCGGGGCGGCGCCGCCACCAGGGCUUCCGCGGGCUGCUGCUGCGCGAACGGGAGGGGGAGGGGCGGUGGUGGGCGCUGGCCGCCGAUGUCGGGGUUGCUCACCCAGUGUGGGGGGCGCAGCCAAGGCGCUGGUGGCAACUCGCUCCAGGGACCUCGGAGGCCGAGCCUUGUAGACAGAUAGGCAGAAAGGGAGCUACCGGCUUGGUCGCUGCCACUUCGCGUGUUCCCCCCACGUAUCUGGCUCGCGCUGCUGGGGGCGGCGGUGGCGUACGCGCUGGCUCGCUGGCCGCCAGCGCCGCCGCCGCGCUGCGCGCCUUCUCCUCGGUGCGCGCCACGCCGCAGCGCCUGCAGCUGGCCGCCGCGCUGCUCGCCUCCGCCGUCGUCGUCGCCGCCGCCUACCAGGCGAUGUCGUGCUCUUAG